CAGCGUGUUUCUCUGUGCUUUGAUGCAAACUGGUUGGACUGGUUAUUGGCUGACUGAGGAACCGGUUUGACUGGCAUUUCAUGCCAACAAAUUCUGGUAUCCUUCCAUGUUACACAGAAUGCUGAAACCUGCCCAGCAAGUUGAAUGAAAUAUUAGGAUAUCCAUUGCACGUUGUAUGUAUGUGAGGUGUAGCUUAGCACACAUGCACUUCCAACACUUGUCCUAGGAUGGUUCCGACUGGAUUCUUCUGUCAGUUGCCUAGGUAGAGGCUGGAAGGAGCAGAAAGCAGUAGAUACCCAGCAUCCCCUAAGAGCUACUCAACAAACUUCUUCAGUUCAGUGGUCACUACAGUCUUUUACUAGGAAGCAGUUUCACUAUGUGACUGUCAACUAAUAUCAGCACAUUGAUUAUUAACUACAACAGCCCACAAAAUGAACAUCUCAAAAUCCACUUGUGGCAGUCCAAGCUCUUCUGAUAGCCUCCCCACUGGUGAUUUGUUCAAAGAACUUUGGUCAAAACUGAAGGAAUGCCACGACAAAGAAUUACAAGAACUGCUUUUGAAAAUUAGCAAACUGAAGAAACAAAGAUGUCUUGAUGCACAAAGGCUAGAAGAGUUUUAUACGAAAAACCAACAACUAAGAGAGCAGCAGAAGACGCUGCAUGACACAAUUAAAGUUCUUGAAGAGAGACUCCGAGCUGGACUAUGUGACCGUUGUGCAGUAACUGAAGAUCACAUGAGGAAAAAGCAGCAAGAGUUUGAAAACAUUAGACAACAGAAUCUGAAACUCGUCACAGAGCUCAUGAAUGAAAAGAAUGCUCUCCAGGAUGAAAAUAAAAGGCUUUCCGAGCACCUCCAUGACAUGCAGCGAAGCAGGCCCAGGCAGAAGAGUGAUGAAGGAAAUCUGGCAGAUACAGGAGAUGGUGAAGAUGGUGUUAUCCCUGACUCACCACUGAGUAGCUUUUCUUUGAGUAUGGUGAGCAGAAUGCGGAGAAAAAAAGAGAACAGGCACAUCUUUUACACAAAGCGAACACCAGAAGACUCAUUGACAUUUGAGCGCAAGAUCAACUCUGGGAACAGACCUCAAACAUUGACUAAAGUCAAUGUGAUAAAAGGAAAGGAUAUUUUGGUGGCUGAAACACUAGAACUCACUUCUCUUCCAAAUAAAUAUGAAGUUAGUUCAGAGGAGCCAGUGUUCAACCUGGCGGUUGUUGUUGCAGAAACACUUGGCCUUGAUGCUCAUGAGGAAUCUCAGUCCCAGAGUGUCUUUAAUCAGCCAAGGAUCAUCGGUGCCCCACUGUUUCACGAGGGUGAAGAUUCCUCCCCAAGGCAAGUCAAAGUUGAAUUCUCAGAAGGUUCUAUGGAAGUGUCUCAGACUUAUGAUAAUGACACAAAAUGGAGUAAAAAGGAAGCCUCGCCUGUUUUUGGAGAACCUGUGCGAAACAUAAGGAGAGGCACAGAAAUGGACUGUAGCUCCCCCCCUUUACCAGUUGGGCUGAAAAGUAAACUGAAAUCCCAGUGUUCUAGAAACACAUCAGAAUUUGUAUUGAACUCUGUACAGUCAAAGGCAGAAGAUGGAGCACAUUUAACUCAUCUCUGCCAUGGAAUAGAUUCUGUAAUUAGCCAAUGUUCAAGCAACAAACAGACUGUCUUCAUUCACAGUACAAUCAGAGACCCUGAUGACAGUGAGCACCAUAAACAGACAGGAAACGGAUACGGGAAACGGAAAAAUGCAGAAGCAGAACAAGAGGAGAGCUUUGAUAAAGAAAACAAUAUCCCUCUAAAUGACAUUAGUAGCACAAAACAUAGCAUGCUGGACAAGCCCCUGGAUCUUUCUGACCGUUUUUCAGUGUUCAGGCCACAGGACAGAAGCCAUGAAAGCAGCAGGAGUAGAACAAAGCAAACUAUUUUGCUGGUACCAGAGAAGCCUGACCCCAAAAAACCAUUGCACAUAGACUUAAGAGCGGACCUUCACCAGCAAACAAGAGAGAAAAAAGUAUUUGUGUCUGGGUUAGUAGAACAUAGUGCCUUGAAUUUGCAUGAAGAUAAGGAAGUAACCAAGGAAGACAAGCCUUUUGAUGGUUCAGAGACAGAAAUCUAUGAUGAGCCAAAAAGAAAAGCAAGAGCAGUGCACAGAGUUGUCCAGCCAACAUCUGUCCUUCAGCCAAACUUGCACAUGGUUCAAGCUUGCCAAGAAUCUCAACAAGGAAGGCCAGCAAUGGAUAGUGUUCAGUGGAUCAUUGAUCCAGGGGCUGACCUUUCACAUUAUGAAAUUGAUAUGACAAUGGAAGAUUCUAAGGUUGGGAGCCCUGCAAAGCCAGAGCUGGAGGACAUGGAUUACACGUAUGCUAGUGAAAGCUGCCUGUUUAAAAUGAAGAUGGGGGAUCCAGGUGACAGCGGCAAGUAAAUUAUGUAAUUUGUUCUCACUAGUGAUAUAAUAUUCAAUUUCCACACUGCAGAAAAAGAAAGCAAACGUCAAGACAGCUUUGGAGAAAUGUUUGACAAAACUGAAUAUGGGGAAUAUGUGUCGUACAUUAAAGGCAAUAGCCCUACCCAACACAUCAGUUGCAAAGAAAGGAGUGAUAUGUCUUCCAAGGAGAAUAAAAAAAUCACACUUGAAAAAGAGCAUGAAUCUAAAGGAGAGCCCUAUCAGAAGCAGAAGGCAUUUGUGGAGCCAUAUUUCCAAAGACCUGAACGAAAAAAGCCUGCAAUGGAUUUUCCUCACAUUGAAGUUGUUUGCAACAAAGAAGAAAGACGAAAAAUGCUCGGGCAUACUUGCAAGGAGUGUGAAUUAUACUAUGCUGACCUUCCAGAGGAAGAGAGAGCAAAGAAGCUUUCUUCCUGCUCAAGGCAUCGAUUCAGAUAUAUUCCACCAAGCACCCCUGAGAAUUUUUGGGAGGUGGGAUUUCCUUCAACACAAACAUGCCGAGAUAGAGGCUACAUUAAAGAAGAGCUCUCUCCUUGCCAACGCCCUCGAAGAAGACAACCUUACAAUGCUAUAUUUACAUCGAAGAUUAAAGAGCAGAAGACUUAAACCCCUCAACAACUGUUUACUUUUUAUACCUAUUGGAUUUUAAGCAGUAUUGCAGCCUUGGCUCAUAUGCAGUUUAUAGUUAGGCAAGUUUUAACUCGUUUAAAUUUCACUUUAUAAUUUGUCCUUGCCACAAACAUUGUCUGCUCUCAUGUAAGUACAUAAGUCAUGUCGCCUGGGGCAUGCACAUGGAGCGCUUCAUUUCCGAAGUCGCCCGAAGUUUCCUCAUGAGGCAAUUAAGGGGCGACUUCUGAAAACGAAGUG